AUGGGUGAAAAACGGAAAAUGUCCUUAGGAGCAUUUCUACAUCCAACUGGUCACCAUGUAGCUGCGUGGCGUCAUCCAGACGUAAAUCCUAAUCCUUUAGAUUUUAAAGAAUACGUUGAAAUGGCAAGAAUAGCAGAAUCUGCCUGCUUUGAUACGAUAUUUAUCGCUGAUAGCGUAUGUACCUUUGAUUCACCUACGGCACAUCAAAUGGCUCGUUCAAAUUAUUUUGAACCACUAACUCUUUUAGCAGCAUUAUCAAGUGUUACUUCACAUAUAGGGCUAAUUGCAACUGCAACAACAAGUUAUAACGAGCCUUAUCAUAUCGCACGUAAAUUUACUUCAUUAGAUCAUCUUUCAGGAGGGCGUGCUGGAUGGAAUUUAGUAACAACAGAUGCAGCUAAUGAAGCGAUGAAUUUUAGCCGUUCUUCACAUUUUACUCAUGCUGAAAGAUAUGUCCGGGCUAGGGAAUUUUAUCAAGUUGUAUCUGGAUUAUGGGAUAGUUGGGAUAAAGAUGCUUUUAUUAAUGAUAAAAAAUUAGGUUUUACCUAUGAUCCAGAUAAAUUACAUGAGUUAAAUUAUCAUGGAAAAUAUUUUCAAGUUAAAGGCCCCUUGAAUAUCGCUAGAUCACCGCAAGGAAAACCUGUUGUAGUGCAAUCAGGUUCUUCUGAAUAUGGAAAAAAUUUAGCAGCAGAGACAGCUGAAGUAGUUUUUACUGCUCAACGUUCAUUCAAUUUAGCUCAAAAAUUUUAUCGUGAUGUAAAAGAACGUAUGGCAAAAUUUGGUCGUUGUCAGCAUUCAUUAAAAAUCAUGCCAGGUGUUUUCAUUGUUACUGGAAAAACAGAAAAUACAGCAAAAGAAAAAUAUAAUACUUUUCAAGAAUUAGUAAAACCAGAAGUAGGAAUAGCAUUACUAGGACGUAUGCUAGGUAAUUUUAAUUUAUCAUCUUAUGAUCCUAAUAGCGCACUACCCCAGCUUCCAUUAUCAGAAAAUGGACAAAAAAGUCGGCAAAAAUUAUUAUCAGAAGUAGGGUCUUCUAAAAAUUUAUCAUUAGCAGAAUUAGGCAAAUAUAUAGCAGGAGGACGUGGUCACUAUAGUUUAAUUGGAACACCAGAAAAAAUAGUUGAUGAGCUUCAGAGAUGGUUUGAGGGAAAUGCAGCCGAUGGAUUUAACAUACUAGUACCACACCUUCCAAAUGGAUUAAAAGAUAUUACCAAGUAUAUUGUACCUGAACUACAGAGAAGAAAGUUAUUUCGUACUCAAUAUAUUGGCACUACACUUCGUGAACAUUUAGGGUUAUCUAUAAAUUUAUAA